AUGAGUGCUGACAUUUAUAGAAAACUGACUGUAGUAGAAGAGUUGGAACGCCAAGUGAAGUAUUUGGAGAAGUGUCCAGAUACUGUGACGAUACUUGGUACCGUUCCGUCGCGUCGCCGCAGCAUGGAUCUCCUGAACAGUGAACCGCACAUUUGCUGGUAUGAGGAAGUUGAUAAAUUCGUAUACAGGAAGCCAGAAGGAAUUGCCCUAUACUUCCGUGAGCCAGUUGUACUGGCAAGGGUCGAGACUAGAAAACAGCUGCGGGACUCCAAAGAAAAGGUCUCUGGAUUUUACUAG